AUUCAGCGUCGAGUCUUCAGAGCUGAGCUCCAUCAGUAAAAGACAAAGCAAAGUUUAUUGAAGGACAGUGAGAAGAUGAGUGAUCCAGAACCCUGCAGAAUCAAACAGGAAGAGACUGAAGAACUAAUAGAUGUGGUUGUGAAGGAGGAGAUUGACGCACUCUGUGAACAUGAGGAAAAACAUGAUGUCAAAAGGGAAAGCAAAACUCGAACUAAUACUGCGAAUAAUAAAACUAGAAAGAAAAGUCCUUUCACCUGCUACCGCUGUGGAAAGAGUUUCAGGGUCCAAUACAAUCUCAAGCUUCACAUGUGGAUUCACACUAGCAAGAAGCCCUAUUACUGUUCAUACUGCACAAAGGGAUUCCUUCAUGCAGAACAUGUGAUAUUGCACGAGAGGACACACACCGGAGAGAAACCCUAUCACUGCACUGUUUGUGGGACGAGAUUCACAAGUCCAUCUUCUCUAAGAACACACACUAAAAACCUUCACAACCAGAUGGUGAAAAAGGAGGAGAGCGAAGACCUGAAAGAUACAGUGAAGAAGCCUUAUUCAUGUUCUGAGUGUGAAAAGAGUUUUAUUUGUGAGCCAUAUUUAAAAGCACAUCAGAAGAUCCACACCGGUCUGAAACCCCACGUGUGCUUCCAGUGUGAGAAGGCUUUUACUAGAUCUGGAGACUUGAGGCGGCACGAGAGGACGCACGAUGUGGAGAAACCAUACAAAUGUACUGAGUGCAAGCUGAGAUUCAGACACCAAACAAAGCUCUUUGAACACAUGACCGUCCACGCUGGAGACAAACCACACAAAUGUAACCAAUGCGACAGAGCGUUUUCCAGGGCUUCAAAGCUGAAGACCCAUCUUAGAUUUCAUACAAAUGGGAACUCUUAUGUGUUCCUUUAGGAAAGAGGUUUGCACAUCUGCGAAAUGUUCCUGAGCUCUUCAAACACAUCAGCUUUGU